AAAGGGAAGUAACUUAAUUCAAUCUAAAAAUGGCGACCUUGGUGAAAGGCAUCGGUAAACUUGGUAUAGCAAUAGGAGCAGUUGCAGCCACUGCAAGUCUUGGUAUAUGGAGCGGAGACACACGGAAGAGUGAGGCAGCAUUGCAGCGGGUUAAGUCAUCAGUGCCCAGCGCUGAGCAGUAUAUUCAAAAGAUUCCCAAUCCUUCAGCAGUUGGGCGUGAUUUGUCGAAUCAAUGGAAUUCUGGGAUCCAGACAGUAUUUCAUUGGGUGAUGGACGUGCCACAGAAAACGUGUCAAGCCGUAAAAGACGCUCUGGGCAGUGGUGACAAGUGAACAAUGUGGUGUGGUCAAAGCCAUCUGUUUUAUUUAUCAUUUGCCUACAAUGUAGAAUGGCUCUUGCCAGCAGAUUUUCAAGUUUCAACAUAUUUUUUAAAGUUAAAAUAAAUGCAUUAUGGAGUUAUUUUACUUAAUAUUUUAAACCGACUCCCAACAGCAACUGGCAGUUUUUCAUUUCAACACUAUUUUGUGAUAUCAAACCAUAAGUAUUAUGGCUUUAUAGUGAUAUGGUUUAGUGGAACGUGAACAGUGAAUUUGCAUCUAUUUGAUUGAAGUAAUGAAAAUGAGUGUCUGUUAUUGAUGUCAAAAAAUAACUUAAAAGUUACCAGGUAGUGGUUCUUUUCUUUAUUUAGAAACAAUUCAUGUACCUGUAUGGAAAAUCUGAAAUAUUUUGGGAAAACAAUCUGAGUCAAAUAGUUCAUCAUAAUGUUGUAAUAAUAGAAAUUGUUUUGUUUUAUAUCAUUAAACUUUGAUCGAAG